UCCGGGAAGGAACGGGCGGAAGGGAGGGAGGGAGGCGUCGCCCGGCAUUGGAUUGACGGCGAGGGGGCAUCUCUUCCCUUUGCCUCGCUUUGUGGGGAAUUCCAGAAUGGCUUCCACCACUGACGUGCUUCAGAAUUAUGAAAGUAUGUUUGCUCAUCGAUACACUACAGAGGAUAAGGAAUAUCAAAAAUACCUACAGUGUUCUUCCAAUCCACCUCCUAUAAUUGAAGACUGGGUGAACAGAGACACGAGUGUGCCAUCGGUGUCGGAGAUCCUCCAGAAUUACGAAAAUAAGUUUGGCCAUCGAUUCACCUCCGAAGAUGAGGAGUACCAGAAGUAUGUUCAACGUCCCGCUGACCCACCUCCCUUAGUAGAAGACUGGCGAAGUAGAUCGGGCGGUAACCAGCGAUACAGAGAUCGAUUCAGAGAUAGCCGUCAAUUCCGAAACAGGGGACCCCGAUACGACCACUCGGGGGGCUACAGAUCUGAGCAGUGGCACGAAAAAGGCUACGGCAGUAACUACCAGCAGCACCAUCACGGACAGCCGUCCUACCCUCAACAUGGCUGGCCGCAGCGCGGCUACGGGUCCUAUUUCCAGGAGCCGCGGUACGGCCGUUACUAGCACGCCAGCCUGCCUCGGCCCUUUUGGUGUAACCGAGUGCAGCUGCGGGGCUCUCUAAAGGCAGCCUUCGUUUUAUUACAUUGCAAACGUUCAUACCUUGUGCAGAAAUCUUUUGUGUGUUUAUAGGCAACACGUUUAACCCAGAAGACAGGAGACGGUGACGUUACAGGAGAACAGCUAAGCUGCGAGUCUGUUACUCUGCUGUUUUUUUUUUUUAUCUUGACGCCUGUAAUUUGCUAAGAAGAAAACGGGGCCAUUGGGAGAAUCCGACUUUGGCCUAGGGGAGCUGAUCUUUCUUCCUGACUCGUGCAGUUUUGUUCCCAAUGACGAACACCGUGAUGAAUAUCAGUAAUAUGUCAUGAUGGGGGGGGGGGGGGGAAAUACUCGGUUGCAUUUGGGGUUUUUAUUGUCUUUAUGCUCCGGCUUGUUCCUGUGUUUAUCCGUGCAAGGCGAUUACCCUUCCAGUUUUAAUUUGCAAGCGAUUUAAGCUAAAAUGUCACACAAACAGGGAGAUGGUUGUAAAACGUGCGGCAUCGAAAGCCUGCUUUGUUUUUUGCAUUAAAGCAAAAUUUGUUAUAAUUC